AUGUUUGUCUUCAAGCGAGAUGGACGCAAGGAACGCGUGCAGUUCGACAAGAUCACAGCUCGUGUCUCGAGACUGUGUUACGGCCUCGACCCUGACCAUGUCGAUCCUGCCGCAAUCACUCAAAAGGUCAUCUCUGGUGUCUACCAGGGUGUGACUACCAUCGAGCUUGACAACCUCGCCGCUGAGACCGCAGCUUAUAUGACUGUCACCCACCCAGACUAUGCCAUCCUGGCUGCCCGUAUAGCCGUCUCCAACCUCCACAAGCAGACCAAAAAGCAGUUCUCAUCUGUGAUUGCUGAUCUGUACAACUAUAUCAACCCCAAGACCAAUAAGCCGGCACCCAUGAUCUCGGACAUGACCUACAACAGCAUCAUGAAGCAUGCCGAUGAACUGAACUCAGCUAUCGUCUACGAGCGAGAUUUCAACUACCAAUACUUUGGUUUCAAGACUCUCGAGAGAUCAUAUCUGCUCAAGAUUGGCAAGAAGAUUGCAGAGAGACCACAGCACAUGCUAAUGCGUGUUGCCGUUGGCAUCCACGGUGAUGACGUUGAGAAGGCUAUCGAGACCUACAACCUGCUAUCUCAGAAGACCUUCACUCAUGCUUCGCCAACCCUGUUCGCUGCUGGCACUCCUCACCCGCAGCUCUCCUCAUGCUUCCUCGUCGACAUGAAGUCGGACAGCAUCGAGGGCAUCUACGACACUCUCAAGACCUGUGCCAUGAUCUCCAAGAGUGCAGGCGGUAUUGGUGUCAAUGCUCACUGCAUUCGUGCCACUGGCUCCUAUAUUGCAGGUACCAACGGCACUUCUAACGGCCUCAUCCCAAUGUUGCGCGUUUUCAACAACACUGCCCGCUAUGUUGACCAGGGCGGCAACAAGCGCCCAGGCGCCUUCGCCGUCUACCUUGAGCCUUGGCACGCCGAUGUCUUCGAAUGGCUCAACCUCCGCAAGAACCAUGGCAAGGAGGAGGUUCGUGCCCGCGAUCUUUUCUACGCUCUGUGGACCCCUGAUCUGUUUAUGGAGCGUGUUGAGAAGAACCAGGAAUGGACAUUGAUGUGCCCCAACGAGUGCCCUGGUCUCGCUGAUGUCUACGGCGACGAGUUCAAUGCUCUGUACACCAAGUACGAGAAUGAAGGCCGUGGCCGCGCCACCAUCAAGGCACAGAAGCUGUGGUAUGCCAUUCUCGAAGCCCAGACUGAGACCGGCAACCCAUUCAUGCUCUACAAAGAUGCUUGCAACCGCAAGUCCAACCAGAAGAACCUUGGCACUAUUCGCAGUUCCAACCUGUGCACGGAGAUUAUCGAAUACACUGCUCCGGAUGAGGUCGCUGUCUGCAAUCUUGCUUCCCUGGCCCUGCCGGCCUUCGUCGACCAGGCUCGUGGCGAGUACGACUUCGGUCGUCUGCACGAGGUUGCGCAGGUUGUCACCCGCAACUUGAACAAGAUCAUCGAAAUCAACUACUACCCCGUACCAGAAGCCAAGAAGAGCAACUUCAGACACCGCCCUAUCGGCAUUGGUGUUCAGGGUCUUGCUGACGCGUUCCUUGCCUUGCGUUUGCCGUUUGACUCGCCCGAGGCUAAACAGCUCAACAUCCAGAUCUUCGAGACGAUCUACCACGCUGCUCUGACGGCCUCGUGCGAGAUCGCCAAGGAGCUGGGUCCGUAUGAGACUUACCCAGGAUCCCCCAUCUCGCAGGGCAUCCUGCAAUACGACAUGUGGAACGUUACCCCAUCCGAUCUGUGGGACUGGGACUCGCUGAAAGCUGAUAUUGCCAAGUAUGGCGUGCGCAACUCUCUUCUACUGGCGCCGAUGCCUACUGCCUCCACCUCGCAGAUCCUGGGCAACAAUGAGUGCUUCGAACCAUAUACCUCCAACAUUUAUUCUCGUCGUGUCCUGGCUGGCGAGUUCCAGGUUGUCAACCCCUGGCUUCUCAAGGAUCUGGUCGACCUCGGCCUAUGGUCUGAGAACAUGAAGAACCGUAUCAUCGCUGAGGGUGGCUCUAUUCAGAACAUCCCCAACAUUCCCGCAGAUAUCAAGGCUCUCUACAAGACUGUCUGGGAAAUCUCCCAGCGCACUGUCCUACAGAUGGCUGCUGACCGUGGUGCGUUCAUUGAUCAGUCACAGUCCCUCAACAUUCACUUGAAGGAGCCUACCAUGGGCAAGAUCACCAGCAUGCAUUUCGCCGGCUGGAAGAUGGGUCUCAAGACUGGCAUGUACUAUCUCCGAACCAUGGCCGCCUCGGCGCCCAUCCAAUUCACCGUCGACCAAGAGGCUCUCAAGGUGGAAGAUACCAACAUCGCCCGUGACCGCGCCGGUGGCAGGAAGAGAGGCAGCCUCGGCCCCGAGACCCGCCUGACUGCUAUUCCUCGCCCCAUGUACAUCGCGAAGGGUGGCAACGGUAGUGCCGAGAGGAUCAACGGCGCUAUCACUCCUGCUGCCACUCCCCCUCCCGUCGAGGAGACCAAGCAACUCGGCAGCAGACUCGCCAAGACCAGACUGUCUGAUGGGCAGAGCAGUGGCGAGGCUAGCCCGCAAGUCCUCGCCACCGACCCCGUCGGAACUCCUGACCUUGACGAGGAGCUUGACGCCAAGAAGAACCAGGAGGAGGAUGCGAGCGAGGACCGCGAGGGUGACAUCUACGCGCAGAAGGUGCUUGCCUGCUCCAUCGAGAACAAGGAAGCCUGCGUCAUGUGCAGCGGUUGA